GGGUAACAAAUGACCAAAACAAGUGAUGGCUCCCUCUCGCGUUAACGUAUUGUGUCUGAUUAAAGUCACUACUGAAUUGUACUUCUGCAAAAAGAACCUAUUCUUGCUAAACAAGCACCGUCGUUCUAGCCGUGAAGAUGUCUAAGCGCACCGCCCUUUUCUUGGCAUCUCCUCAACCAAUGCACCCCUAGCUGCCUGACUGCCUGCCUAACAAGAUCCCUUUUGGUACAAAGUUAAAGUCAUGGAUGAUCAAACUACAAAGCAGUACACCUACAAUUUUACAAUCUCAGACACAACAAAACUAAUUGAACUCCGCACAGAACAUGAUGCCCUGUUUGAUGGCAAGAAAAAUGGUGCUAAAGUAGCCUGGAGUUUAAUAUUAAAGGAGAUGGGCCUGGAGGGAGUUGUUACUACUGAACAGCUGUCUAAAAAAUGGGACAAUAUGAAAAGGAAAUAUAAGGAACUGAAGUGUCCUGGUCCUGGCAUGGAAAAGGAGGCAGCAAAAGGGAUGGUCACUUGGCACUGGUUCAGUAUGCUGGAUAAGACCCUUGGGGAUAAGUUUCCCUUACCUUCCGUGGCCAUGACGACAGAGGACAGCUGUGCCAGCCUUUCCACCAAGAGAGUGUGCCUUGUGCAACUGGGGACUGAUGUCCUAAAGCUGCUCCCAAACACACCACUGCCAGAGAACACUGAGACUGCUAGUGAGCACUCUGAAAGCGGACCUGGCAUGCACCUGGGGGUGGAGAUCGCUAGCCUGAGGAGGGAGCGUCUUUGCAUGGAGCGGGAUCAGGCAGAGGUGGAGAUCGCUAGCCUGAGGAGGGAGCGUCUGGGCAUGGAGCGGGAUCAGGCAGAGGUGGAGAUCGCUAGCCUGAGGAGGGAGCGUCUGGGCAUGGAGCGGGAUCAGGCAGAGGUGGAGAGGGAGCGUCUGCUGCUGGAGAGAGAGCGGAAACUCUUGGAGAGGGAGAGAGCAGCCAUGGAGAGAGACCGAACCCAGCUGAGAAGGGACUGGGCCACCGUGGAACGAGACCGAACAGCUGUGCAGCGGGACAAGGUAAGACUCGAGAAGGACCUGGCGUCGCUAGAACGGGACAAGGUGGCCGUCGCAAGGGAGAGGGAACAGUUAAGUAAAGACCAUGAGAACAAUAUCGCCCACUCUGAGGCUAACGCAUCGACUCUUGAGGACAGGCAGAAAUUGAGGUCUCUAUUUAAGAAACUCAUUGAGAAAUUUUAAACUCACAUAUACUGUACCAAAAACAAUGAUGGAAGUUGAGAAUAAUUUCCGCUGAAGACAUCCACACUUUACACCUGACACUGAACAUUACACGUAUUCACAGUACAUCGCUUCAGGUAUUGGCACAUUAUCCUUCAAUUGAACAACACAUCUGCUGUUUUUUUCUGUGAGCCUCAUUGUGUGUGAUGUCAUUAUAGCCAGUCACAAUAUGAGCAACUGUGUUUUGACGGACCGAAGUGCAGGAAACACUCAUUUUAAUUUUACUUCAAAGUAAAAUUAAGGGAAAAGUUCAAGUUCAAAAGAUUAACAAUAGAUAAGGUUUACAAGUCUGUAUUGUUAACUCCUGACUUUUUGAACUGUUGGGACUUUUUCAUUCCUUCAUACCUCAGCUGGCCUUUGGUGGCCAAGGCUUCUUGUUUUUGUAUGAUGAGCUUCCUAAUGGUCAUAAACAACAUGCUUUUGGAAGUUACACUGUUCAGUGAGUUUGCUAUUACGUUUGCAAGGUUAAGCUGCAUAUAGUGGUUAAGUGCAAAAAUUGUUUUCUAGAAACUACCUUAUGUUAAGUGAUUUAAUUCAGCCAUGAAAGUGGCUUCUGGGGAGCCACUGGGGGUCUGCGAACAGGGUUUUUGUGAAAUAAUUUUAUAUAAAUUAUACAAGUUGUGCUGCAUCAUUUGAAUAAAUAAACAAGCAGAUGGUG